ACUGAGCUUCGCUGCCAUGAUCAAUCAGAGCUGCCAGGAGCAGUUCAUCUUGCUGGGUUUCUCAGACAGACCCAGGCUGGAACGUGUCCUCUUUGUGUUUGUCCUCAUCUUCUACCUGGUGACCUUGGUGGGCAACAUCGCCAUUAUCCUGGUUUCCAGGCUGGACCCCUGCCUCCAUACACCUAUGUACCUCUUCCUCACCAACUUGUCCUUCCUGGAUCUCUGCUUCACCACCAGUUCCAUCCCUCAGCUGCUCUUCAACUUAGGCAGCCGCGACAAGACCAUCAGCUACGUGGGGUGUGCAGUUCAGCUGUUCAUGUUCCUGGGUCUGGGGGGCACCGAGUGUGUUCUACUGGCCGUCAUGGCUUACGACCGCUUCGUUGCAAUCUGCAAGCCCCUUCACUACUCUGUCAUCAUGCAUCCUCAGCUGUGCUGGGAGUUGGUGUCUGUGGCCUGGGGUGUUGGACUCCUUAACUCACUGGCUAUGUCACCUGUGACCAUGAAGCUGCCACGAUGUGGCAAAUGCCAGGUGAAGCACUUCCUGUGUGAGAUGCCAGCUCUGAUCAAAACUGCCUGCGUGGACACGGUGGUUGUGGAGAGCACUGUUUUCAUCUUGUCUGUGAUCAUCGUCCUGGUGCCCCUGACUCUCAUCCUGGUUUCUUACAGUUACAUUGCUCUGGCGGUGAUAAGCAUCAAGUCCCUCGCUGGAAGGAGAAAGGCUUUCAACACGUGUGGGUCCCACCUCACCGUCGUCUCCUUGUUCUAUGGGAAUAUCAUCUAUAUGUAUAUGCAACCAGGAAACAAUUCUUCCCAGGACCAGGGGAAAUUUCUUACCCUCUUUUACAACUUGGUGACGCCGAUGUUAAACCCUGUCAUCUACACGCUGAGAAACAAGGAGGUGAAGGGGGCUCUGAAGAGGCUUGUGACUAGGAAAUGGGGAGAAGGCUUUUCCUGA